AUGUUAAAAUGUGAAACCUAAUUUGUUGCCUUUCAGGUUAGCCCAGAUGGUAAGCAAUUUUCUAUCACAUCACCUGAUCGCAGGAUUCGUGUAUUUUGGUUCAGAACGGGUAAACUAAGACGAGUUUAUGAUGAAUCACUUGAGGUGGCUCAAGAUCUCCAAAGGAGUGAUGCUCCCAUGUAUUGGUUGGAAGCUAUUGAUUUUGGACGAAGAAUGGCUGUUGAAAAGGAAAUUGAAAAGACAGAGACUGCUCCACAAGCUAAUGCCCUUUUUGAUGAAAGUUCUAAUUUCCUUAUAUAUGCAACACUUCUUGGAAUAAAAAUAGUAAAUUUACACACCAACAAAGUUGCCCGAAUUCUUGGGAAGGUAGAGAGCAACGACAGGUUUUUGAGAAUUGCGUUGUAUCAAGGUGAUCGAAGCAGUAAGAAAGUCAGAAAAAUUCCUUCUGCAGCAGCAAAUGUUAACGAAAGCAAAGAGCCUUUAAUAGAUCCAACUCUCCUAUGUUGUGCCUUCAAGAAGCAUAGGAUCUAUUUAUUCAGUCGGAGAGAACCAGAAGAACCCGAAGAUGCAACCAAAGGAAGGGAUGUGUUUAAUGAAAAGCCUCCUCCUGAUGAACUUUUGGCUGUAUCAGAUAUAGGAAAAGCUGUGACAACCUCUCUUCCUGAAAAUUUGAUUCUGCAUACAACAAUGGGUGACAUCCACAUGAGACUUUACCCAGAAGAAUGUCCCAAAACUGUGGAGAACUUUACAACCCACUGUCGGAAUGGCUAUUAUGAUAAUCUCAUUUUUCACCGAGUUAUCAAAGGGUUCAUGGUACAAACAGGAGAUCCUCUGGGAGAUGGCACUGGUGGGCAAUCGAUAUGGGGAAGGGAAUUUGAGGAUGAGUUUCACAAAAGCUUACGACAUGACAGGCCUUUCACUGUGUCAAUGGCAAAUGCUGGGCCAAAUACAAAUGGCUCCCAGUUCUUUAUCACCACAGUGGCUACACCAUGGCUGGACAAUAAGCAUACAGUUUUUGGUAGAGUUGUGAAAGGAAUGGACGUAGUACAGGCAAUAGAAAAAGUGAAGACAGACAAGGCAGACAAACCUUACCAAGAUGUGAAGAUUCUGAGUGUUACUGUUCCCAAGUCUUAGAUGUUUUCCCUCUUAAUGGUGAAUCUCUUGAGAUGGGACUGACAAAUUUUGCUGCAAAAGAAUAUAUCUCAACAUGUACUAAUUUGUUUGCUAGAGUAAUCAUAACCUGUCUGCCAAGGAUGCACGGUCCCUCUAGAUUGCUGCAUCAGUAUAUUGAGUCGGCAGGUAGCCUUGGUGAGAGAAAGCGUAACUUCCUAUCAAUUCUCACAAGAGGAUUUUGUUCAUAGAGGCCGAGUUUUUGCAACAUCGGGCAUGUAUUAUGGCUUGAAUGAAGAAUCACGAAGGCAAUGGCCUUUCGUAAUUUAGUUGUUUAAUUGUUAAUGUUAGAAUAUGCAAACAGAUUGAGAGAGAACUAUUCUGAUUCAUAUUUCAUAAAUCUUUCUCUUCAGCAUGAGGACAGUAACUAGGGGCCAGAAAAAAGAUUUAUAAGUGACCCUACAAUGA